GACAGGAUUAAUGCUUUUUUGCCCCGUUUUGUUUUCUUUGUUGUUUGUAGAUCCAACCCGGGUUAUGGUGUCACCUUUCAGCAUGGAUGUCACUGUUGGAGAAAGCAUUGUCUUGCCUUGUCAGGUAUCUCACGAUCACUCGCUAGAUAUCAUGUUUACCUGGUCAUUUAACGGACACCUGAUUGACUUUGAAAAAGAUGGGGACCACUUUGAAAGAGUCGGAGGGGACUCAGCUGGUGAUUUGAUGAUCAGAAGCAUCCAGCUGAAGCAUGCUGGGAAAUACGUCUGCAUGGUGCAAACAAGUGUGGACAAGCUAUCAGCUGCUGCAGACCUGAUUGUAAGAGGUCCCCCAGGUCCCCCAGAGGCUGUGACAAUAGACGAAAUCACCGACACCACCGCUCAGCUGUCCUGGAGGCCAGGAGCAGACAACCACAGCCCUAUUACGAUGUACGUUGUGCAAGCAAGGACCCCCUUCUCGGUGGGAUGGCAAGCGGUGAGCACAGUCCCAGACAUCAUCGAUGGCAGGACGUUCACAGCGACGGUGGUGGGUCUGAACCCGUGGGUCGAGUAUGAAUUUCGAGUAGUGGCUGCCAACAUGAUUGGGAUUGGAGAACCCAGCAGGCCUUCAGAGAAGAGGAGAACCGAAGAAGCUCUUCCUGAAGUGACCCCAGCUAACGUCAGUGGAGGUGGAGGGAGCAAGUCGGAGCUGGUCAUUACUUGGGAGACAGUGCCCGAGGAGCUGCAGAACGGAGGUGGCUUCGGGUACGUGGUGGCCUUCCGCCCCUUCGGCACCGUCAGCUGGAUGCAGACCGUCGUGGCCUCCCCGGACGCCGCCAGAUACGUCUUCCGCAACGAGAGCUUGCCGCCCUUCUCCCCCUACGAAGUUAAAGUGGGGGUGUACAACAACAAGGGCGAGGGGUCCUUCAGCCCCGUGACGGUCGUCUACUCGGCAGAGGAAGAGCCGACGAGAGCCCCGACCACUGUUUUGGCCAGAAGUCUUUCUGCCUCAGACGUUGAAGUUUCCUGGGCUCCCCCCGGGGAGAACCAGCACAAAGGAAGAAUACAGGGAUACGAGGUCAGGUGUUGGAGACACGACGAGAAGGAAGAAAGCGCAAAAAGGAUCAGAACGGUUGGCAAUCAAACUUCUACAAAAGUCAGCAACCUGAGGGGCAACGCGCUGUACCACCUGGCAGUCAGGGCGUACAACACGGCCGGCACCGGCCCCUCCAGCGCCGCGGUCAACGUCACCACCAAAAAGCCACCACCGAGUCAGCCCCCCGGGAACAUCAUCUGGAAUUCAUCCGACUCCAAGAUCAUACUGAACUGGGACCAAGUGAAAGCGCUGGACAACGAGUCAGAAGUGAGAGGCUACAAAGUUUUGUACAGGUGGAACAGGCAGAGCAGCACGUCCGUAAUAGAAACGAACAAAACCUCGGUGGAGCUCUCCCUGCCCUUCGACGAGGACUACAUCAUAGAGAUAAAGCCGUUCAGCGACGGGGGUGACGGCAGCAGCAGCGAACAGAUCCGAAUUCCAAAGAUAUCAAAUGCGUACGCGAGAGGAUCCGGCUCUUCCACCUCCAACGCCUGCACGCUGUCAGCCAUCAGCACGAUAAUGAUAUCGCUCACAGCUCGGUCCAGUUUAUGACAAAAAUGACAUAAAGGACUUCUUGUUUAUAAUAUAAGCAACAUUUAGCUAGUUGUUUUGAAGACACCCAGUACUAAGUAAUAUUGUGGUUUGAGUACAUCUUACUACUGGAAAAA